GGCUGGUAAAGGGCUAUAAGGGCCGCGGGCCAGGCGGGCGGCAGCCAGGCGGGCCAUGGCGGAUGUCCCCGGGGCACAGCGGUCGGUGCCCGGCGACGGCCCUGAGCCCCGGGACCCCCUGGACUGCUGGGCCUGCGCCGUGCUGGUAACAGCCCAGAACCUGCUGGUGGCUGCCUUCAACCUGGUGCUGCUUGCUCUGGUCCUGGGGACCAUCCUGCUACCUGCUGUCACCAUGCUGGGUUUCGGCUUUCUCUGUCACUCACAGUUCCUGCGCUCCCAGGCACCCCCUUGCACCGCGCACCUGCGGGACCCAGGCUUCACGGCCCUGCUGGUCACCGGCUUCCUGCUCCUCGUGCCGCUGCUCGUGCUUGCCCUGGCCAGCUACCGCCGCCUCUGCCUGCGCCUCCGCCUGGCCGACUGCCUCGUCCCCUACAGCCGAGCCCUCUAUCGGCGCCGGAACACCCCGCAGCCGCGGCAAACUCGGGCCUCACCAGGGUCCCAGGCCCUUCCCACAUCAGGAAAGGUCUGGGUCUGAGAACUCUCGAGUCAAGAACCACCCUGAUGACUGCCCUCUCUCCCAGUCGGCCCAAGGAUCGGAAGACCCGGGGACCCCCGACCUGCCCUGCCCCACCCUUGCCUGAGCCGGGUCCCGGAUCCCUUUGGGAACAGCAGCGUCUUGAGGACCCAGUGCUGGUGAAAAGUUGCCAUACCCCUGAAAACCCACUUUCCUCUCACCACCCACAGUUGAAUCCUGAACAUCUGGGCUGGACCCUGCACACCCUGCCCCCUUCAUCGUGAAGAGGACAACUGAGCUUUGUGCCCUCCUUUUCUGGAGGAGCUACUCUAGCAUUUACGGGGCUGGGGAGGGGGCGGGGCCGGAAGGGAAGGCGUGAUCACACAUCAAUAAAGAAUUGACGAGCUGAA